AUGAAAGACUUAUGUGGAGAAAAAGCAGCUACUCCGGUAGGAUGGAUAUAUUAUGAAGGUGAGGACAAACAAGGAUACAGCCUUAAUGACAAAGCUUCACUUAGACUAACUGAGGCUUUGUGGGCAGUGAAAGAUAGAGGUCGGGCACUUCCCAUUGAUGGUAUUUAUUCAAUAAUUGGUUUAUUACCUUAUAGCGACAAGGUAAAGGUCGAUUAUGAAAAGGAUCCAGAGUCAGUAUUGAGAGAACUUGAAGCGGCUGAGGUAGUCGAAAGUUAUGAUCUUAAGAAAGGAAAACUUAGCUUUAAUCCCAAUGAAGGAAUAAAAAUUCAAGCCUCAGAAUAUGUAAUAAGCAAAAAAAGUAGUGGUUUGUAUGAGGUAGAGAUGAGAGAGGCAAUGGAAGAAGAAUUAUGUCUAGGCAAUGAUUUAGAGGAAAGAUUAACCAACAGAAUUUACAAUCGCUUUACUGGUUCAUUAGGAGUUUUAAAAAACCUAAAAGAUUUAGAAAAACUCCAAAUUGAAGGAACUUAUAUUGAUGAUAAUCAAUUAACAGAGAUACCAAAAAACUUGCAGACAAUCAAAGAAUUAUCUGACGCUAUAAAUAUUAGUAGGCAAUUAAAAGAAGGAGAAUCAGAGGACAAACUCAUCACUAAUUUUCAAGACUUGGAGAAAGAACUUAAAAAAUUUAGUGAAGAUAGCAAGGAUAAAGAAGGUAAAACCGAACUUAGUAAACUCCAGUCCCCUGAACAGUUCGGUAAAUUUAACUAUCUGACGGGAGUAGAAUAUGCUUCUACUGCUACCACAGUAAUAGGAGGCGCUUUAACUCUACUAGAUUUCUCUACUACGGGAGGAGUAAUUACCCUAACUGCUCCUUUGAUCGGCACCGGGGCUUCGCAAUUGAAAUCCAAUCUUUACGAUGCCAAGCAGAUAGGCGAAUUGGGAGAAGUAAACCAAGCCUUAAAAGAUUUAAAAAAUAAAGUUAAUCAGUUUUUAGAAGAAUACGACGAUGAUGGUAAUGAAGAAAUCGAUGUUGAGGAACUAAUCAAUGAACGAAAGAAGUUCGCUGAAGAAUUAAAUAAAGUAGAGGCAAUUGUGCAAGAUAUGCAAGAAUUAGAAGAAAAAGUACUUAGUUAUCGGCAAGGUUCUGCUGGCAGGAAAAAACUUGAAGAGGAAAAAAGGAUAAAGUCAGAGAUUGAAAAAUUAUCUAAGGAGUUAGUAGGGGAACAAAAGUCCAGUGAAUUUAAGAAUAAGAUUAAAGAAAAAUUACCAAAAAAGGAAAUUAGAGAAAUUAUCCCUCUUAUCUCCUUAGGAGAAAAGCAACAAUUUUUAGUUAUUAGUCAAAAUAGGAAAAAUCUGCUUGCUUUUUUUAAUUCUAAUGAAAAGCAAUAUUCGUUGGACUUAGUUGAGUAUAAGGAGGCUACUAAAGAGGCUAAAAUGAAAAAGAGUAAAGAUUUUCCGCAAUGGUUUGUUUCAGAAGAAGAGGCUAAAAAUAAGGUGCGAGAAAUUGAAUUAGAUAGAAAGGCCAUCAAAAUUUUGAAAGAAUUAAGAAAAAGCAAAGAAAAAGAAGGGACUAGUGAUAAAAUGGAAGAAGAAAAUUUAAUUGAUAAAAUUAAGGCCAAGUUAAGAGAAGAAGGGAAAUUAGAGAAUAAUAAGACAAUUUUAUCUCAUUCAACUUCUCCCAGAACCUCCUACCAAAAAAAUAACCACAAGGAAGAAAAAGAAAAAGUAACUUCUGACUUUCGCUUAUACACCAUCACUAAAGAAAUGUUAGGCUUCUAUUCUAUCGCGGAAGUAGUAGAAGAUAGCAAUAAAAGACCUGAAAAGACUAUUUUUUGCUAUUUAGAAGAAGGUUUUGGCAAACAUCAGGUCAAGUCUUUACAAGCCACUGCCAGGUUAGUAAAAGCUAACGGAAGCCAAGUGUUUACUAGUUUAGAGGAAGUGGCUGAGUAUUUGAAUAGUGAGCAAGUGGCACAGGUGGAAGUUUCAAGAAACCAAAGAAAAUAUGAUACUAAAGAGAAACGAGAACAAGUUACUGAAUUAGAUAUUAGUAACAAAAAUUUAGAGGGAGAGUUAGAUUUAAGUGAUUUUAUUAACUUAGAAGUAUUAAUUUGUAAUAGCAAUAACUUAACUUCUUUAAAUGUCAGCAAACAAACUAAAUUAGAAAGUUUAACUAUUUCUAAAAAUAGUUUUCCAUCACAAAAUCCAACUUGGCUUAGUCACCUAGCUAAUUUAAAGGAACUUUAUCUAAGGCAAAAUAAUUUUAGUGGCUCUUUGGAAUUUAUCCAAAAUAUGACUAAUUUAGAAGUGCUUGAUAUUGUGGAAAAGGCAGCCAGUAAUGAUUCCGAAAAUUCCUUAGAAAUAAUAGCCGCUACUCCGGAAUAUUUAAAAAGCGAGUUAAAUAAAGAAAUCUUCCCAGCAGAUUAUAAUCUGACCGAUUUAAACUACUCUAACUUUACUUUCCGCGACCCCCGGCCAUUUGGAACCGAUUGGGAGAAUAAAAGUGAGUUGACUGUACUAAAAAGUGAUGGUCAAUCUUAUCAAGUAAAAUUGACUAAAUUAGGCCGCAAAGCUGUACAGAAAGCUACCCAAACUUUAGGAGAUUCUCAAGAAAAGGGUCAAGAAGUUAAAAAGCAAAAGAUCUAUUAUAAUAAUUCUAUAGUGACUUUAAUCGCUGUCAAUGCCAAAAUUGAUGCAAAAGUAGAUAAAGAAAAUAAGUUUCAAUUUGCUAAACAUAUUAUCGAAAAAAUAGUUAAUUCAAGUUGGUUCACUCGUUCCUGGACCUUUCAGGAGGGAUUACUUUCUAAGCAAACUAUCUUCAUGUUUGACGAUGGCUAUGAUGCACAAAGAGAAAAAAAUAUUAAUCUCGGACUAAGCCAGGCUCUCGAUGCCAUUAAACAUCGCAAGCAAACAGUGGCCCUAGACGGCAUUUACUCUAUCUUAGGUCUGCUACCCUAUGGUUAUAAAAUAAAAGUUAAGUAUAAAGAAAUGGACUAUAAAUAUACUGAGGAAGAAUUGGAGGAGGCUCUGCUAGAUAUGAUGAAAGAAAAUAAACAUUUGCCCAUUAAAAUUACUUACUCUGAUAACCCGAUAACUACUUUCCAGGAUGAAUCCAAAAUAUUUAUUGAUAUGGUUAAUAAGAAAUUAAUUGAGGGAGAAAAAGCCAUUCAGAAAUACAAAGCACAAAUAGAAAUCCCUCCUAAAACUGGGCAGAAUUAG